AUGCGAAUCGAAAAAAGAGUGAAAGAACAAACAAAUUUAUCACGUGGAUCAAUUGCAAUUGGAGAAGGAUACAACGAUGAACCAAGUGGAUUGACAGCUUCAGUCGACGGUCAAGAACGCUUAGUCUUUUCGAGACAACAAAUCUGUGAUGAUUUGUUAAAUUCCUUACCAAAGCUACAUGCGGCUUUACGGAGCAAACCGUCAAAAAGCGAGCAUUGGAAACGUAUACCAAGUAAUAGUACACGAGUGAACACUUUUGAGUCGGUAGGAAUACCAUGCGAUGAUGGAGGAGCAGAUGGAACGCAAGUUAUCUACGCAGUAACGGCAAUGACUUACUUACAAUGCCAUAUCAAUGAAGUGCUUAAUGUUCUCGUGAGUCAGAAAACAAGUGACUAUGAAGCGACAAUGCGAGCGCUAAGUAGUAAGAGCUUUGAAGGAGGAGAAAUUCUAUAUCAUGAAAAAUGUCAACUUCUUCCAAUAGAUCGAGACACAAGCAAAGGGAGUCCAGCACUCUUAGGUGUUCAAAUGGCUGCAUAUCGUCCGAGUUGGCAACUUCGCAUGGCUUCGAAUCAUUUACGUCAUCCAGAACAUCCACGUUCGCAGCGAUUGUGCUUUGCAUCAUUGACACAUCGAUAUCCAGAAGCUAAUCGUGCUGUUCAUGUGAUGAAGACUCUGCCAAAGUCAGUUCAUGACCAGAUUAUUCCUAAAGAGUAUCGUUCUGCACUUCGUGAUCCCGUGGAUCAUCUUGGCAUUGCUUAUGAUAUUGCAUACGAAUCGAGACAAGAUCGAAUACAACAGACACGAAUUUUUCUUCAUGCGUACGUAGGAAUUCCAAUUCAAGACCAUAACAGUUCGACUUCUUCAAGAUUGUGGGAUCAUCGAAACUCUAGUUCAUUUACUUUGGAAUCCAAGCAUGUGAUUGAACUACUGACGAAUCAAUUGAAAGAAUUUGAGCAUGUCAUUGCCCGACGUCGUUAUGGUCUUCAAUCGUUCAUUUACUUUCAACCUUCGCAAAGUAUGGAUACGAGCUUUGUACAGCAUUUUAACAUUUGUCAUGUCUGUUUAAAACGCUUUUCGCUAUUUCGACGAGAAUUAUACUGUCAAAUUUGUGGUCAUUUUGUCUGUGGAGAGUGCUCUCAACUCUAUCAAGUUGAAGCACGAAUAGGAAAAGUGCGUCAGAAUCGACUAUGUCUUUACUGUGUCAAGCGCGUGAACUCUUGUACUUUCAGUCUGGAAGACUUAAGUGCAGCUCUUGGACCAACUGUCGUACCAUCCACAACUUUUCUUGAUAAUCAUGAAGUAAACAAGAACGCUGCAACCUCAUUAGGAACUACUUUAUUCUACGACACUGACUUGAUAUCUCAAGACUCCAAGAAACGUUUAAGUGGAUUUGCUCAACUUCGUCAAGUGCUACGAAAACUUACUACAAAUCGAUUGAAAACAACUCAGAACGUGCCUCUUACUAAAGAAAGCGUGCAGACACAACUGAGACACUAUGUGGACCAAUCACUUCAGAAUUUUAAGCACAAGUUUGAUGCUUCUUCAUUAAAAGUCGCGGAUUUAGUACGUGACUAUCGCUUUGUAUUUGAUACUUCUCAAACGACAUAUGAAGACCUUCCACUUCCACCAACACCAUCUUCAGCGAAUGAAGCACGUCGAUUGCAUCAUAUUCAAACUGCAGGCGUUUUUGAGCCAGAGUACGAUCAUUCGGCCUUGAAUUUGCUUGCUGAAGAAGCAGCAAAGCGACUUAAAUGUCCUAUUGGGUUUGUCUCGUUUGUAGAUGACAUUCUUUGUUACUCCAAUGGAACGUAUCAACUUCGAACUCCUCGUUCAGAAAGUAUGUGCUCACAUACCAUUUAUGUGGACAAACCCCUUGUGAUUAAAAAUGCUGAGAGCGACGUACGUUUUGCUCAACUCUUAGUAGUACGCGAUGGCGGUAUACGUUUCUAUGUUGGAUUUCCAAUUCGAGCUCCAGAUGGAGUGAUCAUUGCUACAUUAUGUACAUGGGAUCGAAAACCUCACUAUAAUAUUUCUACAGCUGACUAUGCUGUCAUGCACACACUUUCGAAAGUCGCUGCUCACCUCAUUACUCCACGAAAUCAAGUAGUACGACUUCCUUAUCAACCUCGAACUCAUUCUGCUGCUAACUGUAGAAUGAAUUCACGGACUCGUCGUCAUCAAGGUAAUCACGAACAAAGUAGUUUGUUUAAAGAUUAA